GUUGUGCGCGAUGAUAUUGUACUUAUUAUUAUUGGCAUCGUUGCUGCACGUUUAAGCGCCGUGAUCGACGGCCACAAAAUAGCGACGCGAGUGACCGAUCGAUCGUUGUAAUCGCCGUAACGCGUCAUUGCGAACCGAACGAGUGCGCGCAACCGGUCGUCUUUCGCCGCCGCGGUAUUUUUUACGUGAUACACGCCGCGUGUAACRAUUUAUUUGGACAUGGCGUCGCGGAUACAGCCUAAGCAAGCGAGCGCGGCCACCACGGGCGUCGCCUGUCUGGUCGGCGCCGUCGCCUGGAUCUUGAUCAGCUCGAUUUACGUGGGAAACAAAGAGGGAUGGCCGCAGUUCAUGCUCAGCGURUUUGCAGCGGCCACUGUGUGCACGGUGGCCGCCUCGUCACUGGUCUACGCGGCCUACCAGCAGUACGUGGUCAAGAGGAGUCUGUUCGACGAUCACUGCAGUACCGACGAGUUCGAUUUCCGGUCGACAGGCCAAUGGGCUGUGGUCACUGGCGCCACUGACGGCAUUGGCAAGGAGUACGCUCGUCAGGUGAGUGACAGUAACAACAGCUUCAGCAAAAGCAGCAACUCCGAAAAGGUCGGCCGUGUACUGGAUAAUGCGGCCGAUGAUGACAGUCCGGUGGCGGUGGUUUCGGCGCGUAACUCGCUCGUCGACUAACUAACAAUAAUUCAUUAUCUCGCGAAAAAGACAUUUUCAGUAGUUUAGUUAAAUUAGUUACAGUAGUUAUUAACUCAAACAAUAAGUGUGUUAAGUCUUAUAACUACGACACGACACACUAAUUGUGUGUGCAUUCUUGUAGUGGCGUGUUCAUUUCAGCAAGUUCCAGCUAUUAUAUUUCACAUUUUAUAAUAUAAUAUUUAACUGACCGAAAAUAAUGAA